AUGGGGUGCAAGGGGUCCAAGCUGGACGAGCAGGAGGCGGUGGCGCUGUGCCGCGGCCGGGCCGACCUGCUCGCGGUCGCCGUCCGCCACCGCGACGCGCUCGGGGCCGCGCACGCCGCGCUCGCCGGCUCGCUCCUCUCCGUCUCCUCCUCGCUCCACCUCCUCCUCGUCUCCGCCUCCGCCCGCCCGCGCACGGGGAUCACGCUCCCCGUCGCCGCCAAUGCCAAGGCCGUCGACCCCCCGCCAGCGGCGCCGCAGCCCUCCUCGCCCCCGCACUCCUCCUCGCACAUCGACUUCGCGCCCUCCUCCGGAUCCGACUCCGGCUCCGUCGCCUCCUCGCCUCCCCGCCGCGUCCACGACCAACUCCACCACGCGCUCCCGCACCCGCACGCGCUGCUGUUCCCGCAUUACGGGUACGGGUACGGGUACGGCUACGAGCCCGAGCCACCGUUCGGGUACCCGCCGGGGUCGCUGCAGCUCUACUACGCGCGGAGCCGCCCGCCUCCGGCCUCGGUCGCCGUCGAGCAGCGCGCGCCCGCGUCGGAGCGCGUCUACUUCGGCUCCUCCGACCCGGCGGGCGGGAACGCGCGGUAUUACUCGUACGGAGGAGAGGCCACGCCGGCAGGUAAGGCGCCUGCUCCCCCGCCGUCGCCGCCGAGGGCGAGCUCGUGGGACUUCUUCAAUGUGUUCGACGACUACCAAGUGCACGACAACUACUGUUACGAUGCUGCCGGCGCCGGGACCACGGCGACGACACCGUACACGCCGAGCCGGUGCUCGCGGGACGUGCGGGAGGAGGAGGGCAUCCCGGAGCUCGAGGAGGACGACGCGGUCGUCAAGGAGGUGUCCAGCGAGCACUAUAUGACCGGGAGUGGCGGUGCUCGCAGCCGACGCAGCUCGGUCGGCGGCAUGAGCAGCAGCGAAGAGGAGAAUUGUGUUGUCGAUAAGGGAGUGCUCUCCGGAGGUGGCAUGGCGCGGCAACAUGCGCCAGCGCAGCCUAAUGUCUCAGCCUCCGUGCGGACUCACCGGAAGUCAUCGGAGAGUGCAGACUUCGCCGGGGAGAUCAAGGCGCAGUUUGUUCGAGCGGCGGAUGCAGUCUGGGCGGUCGCACCGAUCCUGGAGGUGGACAGGCGGAGUUACCAAUACCACCCCCGCAGCUCAGUGUACCAUGUUUCGUCUCGGAUGGUGUCGACGGCUGCAUUACCAAAUUCAGCGUACGGAGGUGAAGAGUUGGAUGUUGGAGGUUGGAAGAAGGUGGCUGAAGGGGGGAGGAGCUUAUCGGUCACCCUGCAGAAACUCUAUAUCUGGGAGAAGAAAUUAUAUAAUGAGGUUAAGUCUGAAGAAAAAAUGCGCCUCCUGCUAGCCAAGAACUCCAAGCGGCUGAAGUUCUUGGACCAAAAGGGUGCUGAAGCUCAGAAGAUCGAGGCGACUCAAAAUUUGGUCAGGAAGCUGUCGGCAAAAAUAAGAAUGGCUGUGCGAGUUAUUGCUAAGGUUUCAAAAAAGAUAAACAGAGUUAGGGAUGAGGAAUUGUGCCCACAAAUUAUGGCCUUAAUCCAAGGGUUUGUAAAGAUGUGGCAAGAAAAGCUGGACUGCUACCAGACUCAGUGUGAAGCAAUAUCGGAGGCGAAGAACCUGGAUUCGACCAUCUCCGGCGGGAUCAGUCGGGAUCUAGCAAUGGAGCUUGAAGUGGACCUGGUUAAAUGGAUUGUGAAUUUCUGCUCUUGGGUAAACGCGCAAAGGAGCUUCGUGAAGGCACUGAACGGGUGGCUGGCGCUGUGCCUCAACUAUCAGCAGGAGGAGACGCCCGACGGAGCUCCUCCCUACUCUCCCGGAAGGGUGGGCGCGCCUCUCGUGUUCGUCAUCUGCAACACCUGGUCGCAGGCCAUGGAUCGGAUUUCCGAGAAGGAAGUGGUCACCGCCAUGCAGGCCCUCGUGUCCAGCGUGCGCAACCAGUGCGAGCACAGAGCCGCCGUUGAGCCAAGCGAGCUGAUCUUCGUGACCCGGGAAAGAGAGAAGUGGAACAGGAUUCUGGAGAGGAAGUCCGUGGAGAUUAACAGGGAGGCAGACACACUGAACAGGAAGCUGGCCCUGGUGCCGGGCCGGCAGAGCCUGCUUCCGACGGCGCAAACGUACCAGGCGCAUUUUCUUGAGGCAGACAGCCUGCAGGUGAGCUUGAGCCGGGUGCUUCAGUCCUUGGAGAGCUUCGCGUCCAGUUCGCUGCAAGCUUUCCGGGAGACUCUGAGACAUGCUGAAGAAGAAAUGCUGUCCAGAGAGAGUGUUAAAGCUUCAUAG